AUGGCCGGCGCAAGCCGCCGACCGUUUUCGCCGUUCCGUCCAGCGAUCCCGAUUCGGAGAUGCGCCCGCUGCACACCACCACCCCCGACAACAACCGCCCCGCGCACCGCCGCCGCAUCAACCCACACCCCCACCCCCUCCAUCCGCCGCCUCCUCUCGACAGCUCCCCCGCGCCGAUCCAUCGGCCCCUCCUCGGGGCCCUUCGAACCCCUCCGUCCCCCCUCGCCCGCCUCGCUCGGCGCGCCACGCACCGCCCGCAGCUUCCGGCGCACCCGGCGCUGGGGCCGGCGCCUCAUAAUCGCCUCGGCCCUCCUUGGUGCGGGCUACCUGGCAGACCGGCAGGUGUACGCGUCCGGGAUUGCGCGGUCGCUGCGCACGUUCGGCAUGGGCCUGCUGGUCGCGGCCGACUACAAGCUCAACUUCCGCCCGGAGCCGUUGUUCGCCGGUAGCAUUCCCGAACUGCACCGCCGCAGCGCCGAGCGCCUGUCGGAUCUGCUACGGGAGAAUGGGGGGCUGUAUCUGAAGAUUGGGCAGGCCAUUGCCAUGCAGAGCGCCGUGCUGCCGCCUGAGUUUCAGGCCAUGUUUGCGCGCAUGUUUGAUGAUGCGCCGCAGGACGAGUGGAAGGCGGUGGAGAAGGUGAUACGGGAUGAUUUUGGUGGUCGGAGUGUUGAGGAGGUUUUUGGUGUCAGUUUUGCUGGCGUGGAAGGGAAGGGUGUCAUGGAGCGCACCGCGCGGGCCAGCGCGUCCGUGGCGCAGAUUCAGAAGCCGGAGAUCGCGAAGCAGAUCGGGUGGGAUCUAUGGGCGUUUAAGGUCGUCACGAAGGUGUAUACAUGGUGGUUCGAUCUGCCGCUAUAUUCAUUGGUGCCGUUCAUCACGGAACGGUUGAUGCUCGAGACCGACUUUGAGAACGAGGCGAAGAACUCCGAGGUCAUGCGCGAGCUUGUCAGCAAGGAGCCCAGUCUACGCGGGAGGGUCUACGUACCGCCCGUGUACCCGGAGCUAAGCUCCAAGCGAGUUCUUACUACCGAGUGGAUUGAGGGUGUCAGGCUAUGGGACAAAGAUUCUCUCACUCGGCCUUGGCUGGGGGGUUAUGGCAAAGGUUCGAUGGGGGUACACGGUGCCCAGUUGGAUCCCCCAGACAUGGACGCGAUCCGCUGGGAGCUGCGCGGGAACCCACAUAGUCAGAAUCUGAAGCCGGAACGCACAGAAUGGAAGGGGCGCCGUGGGAAGGGCGGACUGGGCGUUUCUACUAAGGAGGUCAUGACGACCAUGGUCGAUUUGUUUUCGGCGCAGAUCUUCAAGUGGGGUGUUGUCCAUUGCGACCCCCACCCUGGCAACAUCUUCAUCCGGCGGUUGCCGAACGGGCUGCCGGAGCUGGUACUGAUUGAUCACGGACUGUAUGUCUACAUGAGUGACAAGUUUCGGCACGAAUACGGCACUUUCUGGAAAGCCCUGAUGACAUUCGACAACAAGAAGAUCGGUGAGAUCACCAAGGAAUGGGGCAUCAAGGCUGCCGAUCUUUUUGCGUCGGCCACGCUUCUACGCCCCUACGAAGGCGGCGACCAGCAGCUGCAGAGGGGAAUGUUGGGUGCGCUGGAUGACAGCAAGACGGCAAGCCAGAAGCACUAUGAGAUGCAGAGGCGGAUGAAACAGGGCAUCCGCGACGUGCUCGCUGACGAGGAUAAAUGGCCGAAAGAGCUCAUCUUUAUUGGAAGGAACAUGCGCAUUGUGCAAGGCAACAACGCCUACAUGGGCUCUCCGGUCAACAGGAUCAAAAUGAUGGGCGAGUGGGCUAGCCGGUCGCUAUUCCAGGACCGGAACCUGCCCUUGAGGCAGAGACUGACCAAUGUCUGGCAACAUCUCCUGUUCAAGGCGGUGUUAUUCAUGUCGGACAUCGCCUUCUACUUUUUCAGGCUGAAGCAGCUGUUUGGCCGGAGCGGAGGCUUGGAGGACGAGGUCGAGGCGAGGCUGAAGAGUGUGGCCCAAGAGUUUGGCGUCGAGCUCCAGCAUAAUGUUUUUGAGGGGUAG